AUGACGAGGAGGGCCAAUGGAGAGGACGAGGCAGCAGGAGCUGUUCAGCUGUCCAAGACGAACAGCGAACGUGGCCGCGCGUUUCGCGCGCGCCAGAGACAGUACGAAGACACGUUGGUCACGGAGGUCAAUGCGCUGCGGCGCACUGUCACGGAGCUCAGUCUGCUGUGCAGUGUGCGUGCCGACACUGCCCUGCGCAGACGCAAUAGCGUCGAUGGGUCGCUCGUGCGGCUGGCGAACGAGUACUUUGCGCUGUUUGAGCGUGGGAUGCCGUCGGUGCACCGUGUGGGUCGGAAACGAUCGGCGUUGAGCACUGCGGGUGGAGGUGAGGGCGGCCGCGUCGACGACGCGCUCUCGCGUGAGUCGUUUGCAAGGAAGCAGCAGGCGUUCUUGGAGAGCGCGAUGGACCCGGACUUGCAGUUUGGCGGCGCAAGUGGACUGGACGUGCUGUUGGACCAGUGGCAGAAGUACACGAGCUACCACUCGCGUAUUUAUGUUGAAGUUGUCAGCGUCCAAGUGGUGGGAGCUGAAGACAGCCCGAUUGUGACGGUGCGGUCCAAGCUGCACGUGUUCAUCGGCCGCGAAGUCGUCUACCAUGGCGUCAACCACUUUCAGUUCUCGCCACAAGGACAGAUCUCGAUUUAUGACUCCGACGUGGGCUUUGUGGACGCUUUCGUGCACGCUGGAGCCAGUGUCUCGGACAUUGUGUUGCUCAUGCAGCAUGCCCGAAUUGCAGACGAGUGUCGACUGAAGGACGAAGACGAGAUGAGCAGCCGAGACGACACGAGUGACUGUGCGACGGAUGUGGACAGCAAGGAUGACGCUGUCCCAGGGACCAAGAUUGAGGGCGACACGUCGGACGCUGAAGACGCGAGUCCGUCGGACCGCUUUGCCAUCGACUUUAUUUUGUCGUAG